AUGGAGACCACGGCUGGUGUGACCUGGGCAGAUUUCCGGUUCGACGACCUGUCUUGGGUCCGGUGCUCCUAUUUGCACGUUUUUCUAGCCGCUGCCAUUGACAUCCACGUAAAGCGACGGACGGGUGCCGAUCCCGGGGACGACGAGAUCGAGCGGAGGCCUCGAUUCCAGCGGCACAGCCAGCCUCCAGUACAGACUGAAAAGUUCGACGAGAAGGCCGUCUUGGAGCAAGAUCGCGCCCUGAUAGAGCAGCUUACUCAGCGAGCUGCGCGAGAAAGGCCAAAGCUGAAACGCCCCAAGACGCCUCCCAAGGUCACACCUUAUCGUCCGCUUUCCUCAGGGGAUACGGCGCCGCCCUCGCCUGCUGGGUUUGUGGACCCGGCUACGCCUGAGGCACCUUGCCUCCCUGCGCCCGAGCCCGAGAGCAGCGAGGUCGCCGUAGAUAGAGGUCCCAGUAUCUCAGAAGCUGUGCCGCCACCUGCCGUGGAAAUGAAUGCCGAGGGCAUCGAGUCCGCGGCGGCAGCGGCCGAGUUUGAUUGGCAUUCCGCAAAGCCGGAGCCGGUAGUUCCCAGGACCGGAGGCCUCUUCACAGCCUCUGACAUUGAUAGUCUCAUGGGUCGCAUUUCGGGUGCGCCCGACGAGCGAGAGCGCCUUGUGGCACAAGCAGCACCUGAUCGUGGCAUGGGGGGUUAUGAGUCGAAUUUCACGCACAACUCGGAGGACAUCUCCAAGGAGUUCUACGCCCAAGCUUCAUGGCGGCCGCAACCUACACCGCCUCAACCUCCGCCGCCUCAGCCUCCGCGCGCUCGACGUGCAGAGGAUGUUCAGGUACCCGAUCGGAGCGCUCUCAGAGAGCAGAUCCGAGCCAUCGACUCGUGGCUCGAAGACGACAUCCACGCCCGAGAGAAGCUGGAGGAAGGUGGCCGACCGACUCUGCGUCCGAGCCCGCCGCAGAUGUCCCUCCAGGAGGCGAUGGAAAGUAGCAAGAAUGCACCCGCUGCCAGGGAGGCAGAGCUUUUCGGGAAGCUCGAAGCCGCCAAGAAGCGCUUCAAGGCGGGCGAGUUCGUCCCGGCAGUGGAGAUGAAGGAUCUCGCGACUCGAUUAAAACCACUCCUGCCUGGCUUCACAUUGGAGCAGCUCAUACGAACUAUGGGCCUUUUCUGUUCGGUUCGCUACGAGGACCACGACUUCUACCUCCACAUUCUUGGAGAAAUUCCUGUACAGAUUCGGGGCAUCACGCCGCAGAUGCUGACGAAGUGUCUCAGCAUCCUCCGAAAGCUCCGGUUGAACGAG